CUCAAUUGCCAGACCGCAGACGGACCUUCAUUGCAGAAUUGCACUUCUUUUUUCUUGCAACAAUCAGCUGUACAGUAAAAAGAGAAUCAGAGACGGAGGAGGCGAUCUUUUCCCACCCUUCUCCUCCUCGUGGGCUGUGGCUCGGCUGCUGGCUGUGUUGUGGGACAACAAUGAAUUCAGGUAUGACCCAGAUAUCGCACUCGCCCACUGCCAGCAGGCUUAAUUCCGCUUGGAUUGGGAAUGGGAAUUUAAUUACGCAUGGGCUAGGGGGAGAAGCAGCAAACAAUAGCAAUGGUAGAAAGAAUAGAAACAAUGCACUUGUAACCACCAUGAGAGACAGAAGCAAUAACAGGAAGCCGCUGCAGAAAGGCCGGAAUCUCAGCAUCGAAGCCAUUCAAACGGUUCAGGCACUCAAGCGGGCCAGAGCCACUAGUAGUUGUCCGCUGGAGCCUGCCCUUGAGACCACCUUUAGGCGUUUGCUCAAGCUCGAUAUGAUAGCCGUUCUUCGCGAACUCAUUCGCCAGAACCAGUGUUAUUUGGCUCUUAAGGUUUUCGAAGAAAUUCAGGAGGAGUAUUGGUAUAGGCCUCAAAUAUCACUGUAUGCUGAAUUGGUCUCACUUUUGGGAAGCAAUGGAUUGCUUGAAGAGGUUGAACUACUUUUCAUUAAAUUGAAGAAGGAACCUUGUUUAGAGCCUGAUAUUAACGGCUUUAAUGCAUUGCUGGAGAUUUUAGCAAAUUUCAACCUCACUGGACUAGCAGUUGAGUGCUUUUACCUGAUGAAAUCUAUAGGAGCUGCUAGAUGCAAUCUGAUAGCACCUCCCAUUGCAAGUGUUUAGCAUUUUCUACCCUGUCAGGAAAGUUCUUGCACUUUUUUUUUUUUGUUUAGUGGCUGGGAGCUAUUUAAAUAUUUGUAGCCAAAUUUACUGGUGACUUUAAACUCUUUACUUAUGGAGACAAGUGCAAUGGUUAUGCUUUGCAGCUAAUGCUUUUCAAACCAUGAAAUUUAAUUUGUUAUUGGUUGCAAGUGCAUGAAAUGAUGCAUGGCAUCUAUAUCUUGAACAAUAAGUGCCUGAAAAUACUUAAAUUUCAGGAUGCAAACAGAUCAAAAUGAUUGUAGAAAGAAGAAAUGGGAAAAUAAUAGAAAAUAGCUAACCCAUGGUUAUGUGAGCAAUAUAUGCCAUCUCCCCCACAAUGGUCACAUGAUGGACAGUCAUGAGGUUGACAUGCAUAUGCCCUUCCUGCCAUAAAAUACACUGCAUUUUUUGGUCUUUCUUUGCUGUAUCUCUACAUUGAUCUUGACGUACACUUUAGAGUGGGUGGGAUACGACUUCUGAACAUAGCUUACCUCCGUUUGAUAAUGUCAAACUCAAGACCAUUUGUCUGACCAAAUCUCUGUCUUAUCAGGGAAAAAUUGUAAUAAGGGCUGCCCAUGAGUCUGAUUCUGCAUCGCUGAUUCUAUACCCAGUUUCUACACAUAGUUAUCCAUCCUGUUUUUGAUCCUUUCAUUUUUCCUGCAGAGACUUCACCAUUCACCCCAUCAUUGGUGAUUAGGACUUGCACAAAGUAUUAACUUCCUGUCAACUCCACAUUUUUCCCUGGAUUAAGAUCCACCUACAAUGGGCAUUGCAUCUGAGACAUAUGGUGUAGACUAAUUCAGUCCAAGAAUUUGUUAAUUAUAAUUGAUACCAUUAAUAGAAUUGGAACCACGUUUUCUGCUAUUGCUGCAAUUUUUGUACCAGGUGACAUCGCGCAUUGUGAUCAAGGAACUUCCACCAAUGCCCAUCGUAAUUUGGGGCAGAAAUCAGUGGCAGUUAUAGUGAAAGGUGGGCCACGUGGCAAACACCACAAGACAUGGUUCAAAACAUCUCACCUGAAUACAGCCUCCACAGGUAUUUCCUCUAUUCAGCAUGCUGCUUGGCCCAGCAAUACACUCUCCCAUAGCUGGUUUUCUGGAAAUCUUUGUAGCUGCAAAGCUGCUGGUAUUACAUGGAGUAUACAAUGUAAAGGGAGUGAUGACUAUACAACCCUUGCGAUGUUCUAUGGCAGAGAACCAAAGACCUUAUCCAUGGACUAUGUUCCAUUCUUAAGUUGAUUGUUUGAAAAAAGAGGAAGAAGGAUUAGAUAUUCGACAUCUCUCUCAACUAAACCAGGCAACUCUGGCUAAGGUUGGUUGGAAGUUAUUGAUUGAGGAUGGGUUGUAUGGAAAGAAACUUCAUUUUAGAAAAUAUUGCAAGGAGGAUGGGGACUCUUUGAGUAUGUUGAUGUCAUAUACCUGGAGAAGCAUAGAAGGUAACGCUGAAGUAGUAACACGGUGAGGAAUGAGGUGGAGAUUUGGUAAUGGAGAGACAAUAGGAUUUUGGAUUGAUUAGUGGUUGUUCAAUGUACCGAUCAGUGAGUGGAUGUUUCAAUCCCAGGAGAACAGUCCAACAAAAGGGCGGUGGAAUAAAUGAUUGGAAUUGGAUAAUGCUGCAGGGACUACUCCCUUCAAGUAUCAAAGGUGAAGCUCAGAUCCAUUAUUCUCAUCCAGAAUCCUGAUAUUUUGGAUUUUCUUCGAUGUUGCCUGUCUGAAUCAGGAGCAUUUACCGUCGAAUCAGCUUAUGAUCAGCUUAAUGGAUCUAAUAGGAAUCUAAAUGAAACUUAGCAUUGGAAAAGAGUGUGGGUAGGAAGGGGAUCAGAAAGGUGCAAUGUGUACUGCUCAGGCUCUAGUUGCACAAUGGAUUGAUGACCCGUAACCUUAAAUUUCAUAUGCAUUUGAUUGAUACUGAUAUUUGUCCUAAUUGUGCAGGUUUAGAAAGCAGGUCUCCGUGGGAAUUGUAGAUGGGCAGCCAGUGUGCGGCAAAUGCUGGUCAAGAAGAAGGAUCGGCAACAAUUCUUUGAAUUUUUAAUUACUAACCUUUUGUAUAGUGCUCGAGUGGAAGUGGAAUCUAGAUUUUCGUCAUGUCAUUCACCAUAUUCGGCGGUGGAAGUAUAUUCAUGAAAACUAAAUAUGCCGUCUACAGGUCACCCGGAGUUGAGAUUUUCGUCAUUCUUUUUGGGGGUUCUGCCGUCCGCGCCCACACGAUGCAUUUUCCAGAAAGCGUGAAUCAUGCUUAGCCCAUGAAAUAUCAACAACAGAUUCAAAAAAGCUACUAUUAGUUGAUAUCUCAUAUUGAUAUUCCAAGGGUUUUCGGCAAUAUAUAAAAGUUGUUAGAUCACUUCACUCAUUGUCAAUUGAUUUUGAAAUGGCAGUUCAUGUUCUCUAAAAUGGUAUUAGAGCUGGGCUUUGAGUUUAUUUGUUACCUUGUGAGCUGUAGUUUCACUCGUGAUUCAGUUAUCUUGUUUAUAGUUUCUCUCGUGACUUGGUUUUAAGCCCAUUUGUCAAGUCACGAUUGUAAAGGGGUGUUAGUAGAAUAUUCCACAUUGAUAUUUUAAAGAUUUUCAAUCAUAUAUAAAAGUUGUUGUUAGGCCA